AUGGUUGAAGAAGAAUGGUAUCAAAGUACUAGAAUGGUUCCGAAACAUACGGAAAAACAAAACGUAGAAAAAGUUUACUCGCAUACUCACCCUUUUAUAAGAUAUUUUAUCAGACAAAGUAUUAAAGGAGGAAGAGUUUCGGCAAAUCGAAAAUCAUUUGAAACGAAUAAAGUGAAUGAGAUCUGCGCCAUAUUAAAAGAAUACAAUGAAAGUGACACUGAAGGAAUAAUAGAUUUAUUCAAAGAAUACAGUGUUAACCCAAAAGAUAAAACGGAAGUUCACGCUAAACUCAAAGAACUGGACUAUCCUAAACUGAUGGCAUUUGACGCUAAUGGGUUGUACGCUUCCGCCAUGACAGAAGGUGAAUAUCCUAAAGCGGAAAGUGCAAGAGCGUUUCUACCAGAAGAAGAAAAAGAAUUUGUAAAACUGUUCAAUAAACAAAAAUUCAGACCUAGAACUGCUAUUUUAAAAGUUUGGUUUGAAUAUCCCCAAAAAAUGUUCUUUCAACCCAUACCAGCUCAAGAUAAAAUAACUUUUACGAAUAAAGAAGUUGAUAUUCAAGAAAUAGUGAAAUCUGGUGGUAAAAUUAUUAGAAUAUUAGAUGGUAUAGUUUACGAAGAAAAUUUUAAAACUCCACCCUAUAGAGAUUAUAUUAUAAUUUUGGAGGAAUUAAGGAAUAAAUACAAAAAAGGAGGAGAUAUGGUUGCUAGUAAUUGCAUGAAAUUAUUAGGUAAUUCCUUAUACGGUAAAUCUAUUCAGAAGGAUAUAAAUACAUCGAGACAUCUAUGGAGUGAAGCGACUUUUAAAGCCAACUUCGAUUCACACAUCAAAAGCUAUGAAAAAGUAAAUGAUAGUCAAAUUAUAGUUGAGAUGAAUGAAGAAGAAAAAGAGUUGUUCCUCCAAAGGAUUAUACUAGAUUAA